AAGAGAGACUAGCCUUAUAUUCUCCAUCCACACACACUGCAAAGGAGCAGGCAGCUCUGGCUGGACCAACCUUUUGGCAGCAUGGCGACAAAACCCCUGAUCCUCAUACUCUUCCUAGCCUUCUACCUGGGCAGCCCGACCACGGUCCGCCGGAAGCUCCUGGUCUUUCUGCUGGAUGGCUUUCGCCAUGACUAUAUCAGUGAUGAAGCCCUGGAAUCCUUGCCCGGCUUCAAAGAAAUUGUGAGCAGAGGCGUGAAAGUUGAUUACUUGACCCCGGACUUUCCCAGCAUUUCCUACCCUAAUUAUUACUCCCUAAUGACAGGUCGCCACUGUGAGGUUCAUCAGAUGACUGGGAACUACAUGUGGGACCCUAAUACAAACAAAUCAUUUGACAUCGGGGUCAACAAGGACAGCUUGAUGCCUCUGUGGUGGAAUGGAUCAGAGCCACUGUGGAUCACCAUGACCAAGGCAGGACGGAAUGUCUCUAUGUAUUAUUGGCCAGGCUGUGAGGUUGAAAUCCUAGGUGUCAGACCUUCUUCCUGUCUAGAAUAUAAAAAUGUCCCAACGGAUACCGAAUUCGCCAAUGCAGUCAGUAAUUCUCUUGACUCCUUCAAGAAUGGCAAAAUAGAUCUGGCUGCUAUCUAUUACGAACGCAUUGAUGUAGAAGGGCAUCAUUAUGGUCCUUCAUCAACUCAGAGGAAAAAUGCCCUUAGAGCUGUGGAUACGGUCCUGCAACAUAUGCUCAAGUGGAUCCAGGAGAGGGAGUUGCAAGAUGACCUAAAUGUCGUUUUCUUCUCGGAUCAUGGAAUGACUGAUAUUUUCUGGAUGGACAAAGUGAUUGAGUUGCAGCAGUACAUCAACUUGAGUGAUCUGCUGCAGAUGAAGGACCGAGGUCCCAUUGUGAGCCUUUGGCCAGCUCCUGGAAAACAUUCAGAGGUAGCUAACAAACUGAAGCUGGUGGAACACAUGACCGUUUAUGAGAAGGAAACAAUUCCCACCAGGUUUCAUUACAAGAAAGGCAAAUUUGUGUCUCCUCUGACUCUACUGGCUGAAGAAGGAUGGUUCAUCACUGAGAAAAAAGAAAAACUCCCCUUCUGGAUGAAUAGCACGGGGAAGCGGGAAGGCUGGCAGCACGGCUGGCACGGCUAUGACAAUGAGCUCAUGGACAUGAGGGGGAUCUUCCUGGCCUACGGACCCGAUUUCAAGACCAACUUCAGAGCAGCUCCAAUCAGAGUAGUGGAUGUUUACAAUAUUCUGUGCAACUUGGUGGGGAUAACGCCGCUGCCCAACAACGGCUCCUGGUCCCGAGUGGCAUGCAUGCUGAACAACCAGCCCAGUGCGGCACAUUCCGUGUCACUGAGCAGCUGCACUCUAGCAUUCACUCUCUUGUUACUGUUUAUAUAACAGAGCCGAUUACUUGAGUCCCAAAACAAUGUCAGUCAGUGUGUCUCCAAAGUGGAAAGUUGUUGUUUUUCCCUCCUUUUGUAUUUGAAUAAUAGCUUCAUUAACAGAAUCAAGCCUAAAUAAAUUAUAAGUGGACUAUU